AUGUCUUUCCUCCGUAACCCUCCGCUUCUCCUCGGCGUCGCGAACAUCUCGGCGAUCGUGGGCUCAACUUAUCUUCUCCGUUCACAUCACAUCUACAAUUUGGAGGAGCACGAGGCUCGAAUGGAUGAACUGGAAGGAACUUUGCGUGGGCAUAUUGGCUUAAUCGAAGAGGCACUGGAUCGCUUGGAAGGGAAAGGUACUGAGGCAGACAGGAAUAAGAAGAUGAACGAGUAUUAUAGCAAACGUGGCCGUGAUGAAAAGAGCAAAUAA